GCCCUUCCCUAGCAUACUAGACCCAGAGGUCAGCUUGAUGCCUCAGCUGUGAUCCCCAGCAGGAGAAAGCCCCUGCUCUCUGGUCUCCUCCGUCCAGCCCCGCCCCCCCCACAUUACUGACCCGGGACUGACGGAGGCAGGAGGUGGGUGUCUGGCAUCUGUAGUAGAAUCUUUGUGGGAUGCAGGGGUCAGAUGUCCCUCCAGCCUGGGAACCAGCGUGCAGGCUGCUAUUCCGGGGCUCUGAUCAGGCUGUUUAUUUAUAGCCCCGGUGGUGGGGGGGAGGGCUCCCGACACAGGCAGCGGAGAGGCUGCUCUGCUGCAAUGCCACUGCUAACACUGCAGACUGCCAGCACCUGCGGUUGCGGCAGAAGACAGAGGUCUCUCAGCCGGCCAGACCCCGGGGCAGCAGGGCACUGUGUGAGGCUGGGAGGUGGAGACCCUGAUGGGCAGCACCAUGGAUCCCCCAGGGGGUGCCUACCUGCACCUAGGCGCUGUGACCUCUCCCGUAGGUACGGCACGAGUGUUGCAGCUGGCCUUCGGCUGUACCACCUUCAGCCUGGUUGCUCACCGAGGAGGUUUUGGGGGUGUCCAGGGCACUUUCUGCAUGGCUGCUUGGGGCUUCUGUUUUGCCCUCUCGGUCCUGGUGGUAGCCUGCGAGUUCACGAGGCUCCACGGCUGCCUGCGCCUUUCUUGGGGCAACUUCACCGCAGCCUUUGCCAUGUUGGCAACCCUGCUGUGUGCCACCGCCGCCGUCAUCUACCCUCUGUACUUCACCCGGCUGGAGUGCCCACCGGAGCCUGCCGGAUGCAUGGCCAGAAACUUCCGCCUGGCAGCCAGCGUCUUCGCGGGACUCCUCUUCCUGGCCUACGCGGCCGAAGUGGCCCUGACUCGGGCACGGCCAGGUCAGGUCGCCAGCUACAUGGCUACGGUGUCUGGGCUCCUCAAGAUCGUCCAAGCCUUUGUGGCCUGUAUCAUCUUUGGGGCCCUUGUCCAUGACAGCCGCUACGGGCGCUACAUGGCCACACAGUGGUGCGUGGCCGUCUACAGCCUGUGCUUCAUGGCCACGGUGGCUGUGGUGGCCCUGAGUGUGAUGGGACACACGGGGGGCCUGGGAUGCCCAUUUGACCGCCUCGUGGUGGUGUACACCUUCCUGGCUGUGCUCCUGUACCUCAGCGCUGCAGUCAUCUGGCCGGUCUUCUGCUUUGAUCCCAAGUACGGAGAGCCAGGACGGCCCCCUGACUGCCUCCGAGGCAGCUGUCCCUGGGACAGCCAGCUGGUGGUAGCUAUUUUCACCUACGUCAACCUGCUCCUCUACAUCGUCGACCUCGCCUACUCCCAGAGGAUCCGUUUCGUGCCUACCUUGUAGCCUGACCCGCCGGUGGUCUCCUCUCUCUGGCUGAGAGCACCUAAGACUGACCAAGGUGAAUCAAGACGUAGGGAAUCAAGAGGGAGGUCGGGGGCUCAGGGAGGUCCGCUCUUGGAUAUCUGGCAGCACUAGGAGAGGGGGCAGGAGCGGAGAAGAGGGCGGCUUAUGGGGGCCUCUCCUCCUUCCUGUCUCUGUCUCCGUCUCUUUUUUUUUUUUUUUUUUCCAGACAGGGUUUCUCUGUAUUGUUUUUGGAGACUGUCCUGGAACUCGCUCUGUAGACCAGGCUAGCCUCGAACUCACAGAGAUCCGCCUGCCUCUGCCUCCCUGGUGCUGGGAUUAAAGGCGUGUGCCACCAACGCCCGGCUUGUCUCCGUCUCUGUUUUGGUCCCUGUUUCUCAGUUUCCUGGCCGUCCAUGGGCUCGGUGCUCGUCACUGUACCGAACGGAAACUUUCUGGAGCGCGAUGCUAGCUACCGUAAUUCGUUUUGCAGAUGGGAACAGUGAAGCCAACAGAGGUGGGCCGGGGUCAGUGUCUUGAGACAGCGUUUAGCUGGGGUAGUGUCAGAAAUUAGGCAUUCCCCCCGGGGUUGAAAUGGGUGAAAAACAAUCCAAAAACACCAGGGUCAGGCCGUUGGGAGGAAUGCUGCGGCUGGACCCUCCUGCCUGUCUGAAGGGGACAUUUCUAGAACCCUGGGAGGAGUCUCUCGGGAUGGCCGUGAUGGUUUGUAGAGAAACCUGGCAGCUGGAACGGGCCUCGUCUGUGUCCAGGAGUAUCCCAGCGGCCUCGCCUUUUGGAACAGAGAAAUGACUACUGUGCUGUGUUCUCAGGUGGCCUGAUGUCAAAGGUCAACACCAGAAUCACUGUGAAAACAGGGUGGUCUCAUGACAGUGAUGGCGCGUCUGCCCAGACACACGGCACAAACUGUGACACAGACACUCCUGGAGAGUCUCUCACGGGUUCAGGCAGGCUGGCUUGGUUGGCAGCAUUGGCUCACCGUGAAGAACCAUCUUGGGGCAGCCGAUGGGUCACGGAGCCUGGUUACCGGGCUUCCACUCAAGCGUUUUGUUAGCCUGUUGCUCCUGAACACCAGGACUUGCUGGCAUCAUCGCCCAGCUUCUCUUCUGCAAGAGCCCAGACUGGACUGACCCUGGGAAGCCCUUCAGCCCAUUAGCUGACUGUCCCCCAGGUCCUCCAGCAGGAAAUAAAAGGUGAAUUCUCAUUUA